GACGCAAACAACGUCAGACGCAUUGCGUUCAUUCUCUGACAGCCGCGACAUAGCUGGCUAGGAGAUGUUAGCUAUGUAUAAAUUGUCUUCUACCUUAAGGUAACGUUAGCAUCAGUGUUUGGCUAACCAAGUAGAUAGCACGAACCAUGCUGCCGCUGAAGACGAAGGACCGGCCCAUAGUGCGCGCGCUGUUGGCCGCAGGCUGCUGCGCGCGCUGUGUACUGCGGUUUUGCUGCAUCGGGCUGCAGUCGGCGUAUCGUCAGACCUACGAGGACCUGGCAAGUGAACUUCACGCCUUUGUAAGUGAUGAGGAGGGUGAUAAACCCAGCGACGGGGCAAAACAGGAGCGCCCAGAGGACCCGCCAUGCAAAAAAGCACGACUUGAAACGGAGCAGGGCGAUGCAGAGGACGGGGACGGAGCAGGGGGCACCCAACCCCAGCCAGAGACGGAUGUGGACACGGCUGUGUCCAGUACAGUGUGCGUGGUGUGUCUGGGUGUGCUGCAGCACUACUGUGACAAAACCUUCGCCAAAAAGGUAUCGGAGGUGGUGACUGCGGAAGAUUAUCAGUUUGACAGUUUGGUUCUGUCCGUCUCACUUCCCGCCCAGCUGUCCGUCAGAGAGCACUCCACCUGGCUGCUCGUCAAGAAGCAAGUGAGGGAGAAGGGGGUGUGCCUGGGCAAGGAUGAUGUCAUCCAGGUGAAGGAAGCCUUCAAGUGGAUCAUGAAUGACCUGGUCUCUCGGGAGCUGGGCGUACCUGUGCUGGCCAAGAGUCUCUUUGAGGUGAGCGUGGGGUUCACGCACCCAGAAACGGAUGGAGACUGCCACUUCCUGGCUACCACAUGUUCUGACUGCUUUAAACCAGCCAAAAACAAACUGUCUGUCUUCACUAGAAUGGCUGUGGUGAAGGCCCUGGAGAAGAUAUCAGAGGAGAACUUCCGCAGGCGGUUCCCCUGUCCCCCCAGCCGUCCCUCUACGGGGUGCGCGGCCCAGGACGUUCAGUGCCUCCACGUGUCUGUGUUUGUGGCUGGAAGGUACAACAAGUUCUCGCGCACUCUGCCGCAGACGCCCUGGGUGAUUGACGGGGAGCGGAGGAUGGAGUCAUCGGUGGAGGAGCUGAUCACCGCCCCUCUUCUGUCUUCCUUCCGAUCCGAGGGCUUCAACUUCUGCUCUUCUGGGAGAGAGGACGUGGACGUCCGCACCCUGGGGAACGGUCGCCCCUUCGCCGUGGAGCUGCUGAACCCCCACAGAGCCCAGUUCAGCCGGGCCGAGAUGCACCAGCUCCAGGAGGCCAUCAACAGUUCCUCAGAGCUGAUCAGAGUGAGGGACCUGCAGAUAGUCACCAGGGAUGCCGUGGCACACAUGAAGGAGGGGGAGGAGGACAAGACCAAAUCCUACGGAGCCCUCAUCUGGACCCAGAGGCCUAUUGAGAAAGACGACAUUGAGUUCAUCAACAACAUCAAGGAGCUGAGGAUCGCCCAGAAGACCCCGCUCAGGGUGCUGCACCGGCGGCCGCUGGCGGUGCGACAGCGCCUCAUCCACACCAUGGCUGCCAGCUUCCUGGACGCGCAUCACUUCCACCUGAACCUGCGCACGCAAGCUGGGACCUACAUCAAGGAGUUUGUUCAUGGGGACUUUGGGCGAACGAAACCCAACCUGUGUGAGCUGAUGAAUGCUGACACGGACAUCCUGGAGCUGGAUGUGGAGUCGGUGGACGUGGAUUGGCCUCCGGCUGUUGAAGACUGAAGACCAUAGAUAGAUAGAUGACUGUCACCAUAGAUGACUACCGUAGAUGACUACCAUAGAUAUCCCACUCCUGCCUUAGUUCAGUCCUCCCUGCAGGAGGUCUCUGGUCAGUUACAGGAAUUUCUGGUGCUACAGAACAGAACAUCCAUUACCAUGGUAUUGCACAUAGUCAUGCUCCUUAGCUAAACUGCCAUGAGAUCAGAAUGUUUCUUCCUUAACGGUACAGAGCUUUCAGUGUUGAUGAUAUGGAGCUGAGCAUCUGGUGGUCAUAUAGAAUCUGUGGCCGUAUCUCAGACCGAUGUGUCUGUUUCACAAAAUGGCCGUCGCAGGUGUGCACGACCCUCCUGCAUUUGCAGUUAUUUACCUGAGUAGAUAUCAUCUGUAAAAUACAUGCAGAAACUUUUGUUUAUUUAUGUUUGAUUAAAUAACAUCAAAACCCAACA